ACGCGUUAGGAAAUCGAAAGAUCUUCUGGAAGAAAGACGGACGAGAGGAAGCGAAGGAUGUGGGACAGCUGCUGUUAGACCUGUGUAAAAAUACGCUAUCAUUUUGGGUUCAGAUCCUGAGGAAACACACUGAACUAGCGCAGAGCAACCGUCGAACCAGAGAGAACAUGGGGAACCGCGUCGCUCGCGAGGACUUUGAGUGGGUUUACACGGAUCAGCCUCACGCCGACCGGAGGAAAGAGAUCCUGGCGAAAUACCCAGAGAUAAAGUCUCUGAUGGGACCCGACCCCAGGCUGAAGUGGAUCGUCUGUACGAUGGUUGCCGUCCAGUUUUUGGCCUUCUAUUUGGUGAAGGACCUGCCAUGGAAAUGGGUCAUGUUCUGGACGUAUGUGUUCGGGAGUUGCAUUAACCAUUCAAUGACUCUAGCGAUUCACGAGAUCUCACACAAUACGGCUUUCGGCAACAACCGCGCCAGAUGGAACCGCUGGUUCGCCAUCUUCGCCAAUCUGCCCAUUGGGCUGCCCUACUCGGCGUCCUUUAAGCGCUACCACCUGGACCACCACCGGUACCUGGGUGGAGACGGGGUGGAUGUCGACAUCCCCACUGAUUUCGAGGGCUGGUUCUUCUGCACCCGUUUGCGUAAGCUCUUCUGGAUCAUGUUCCAGCCGCUCUUCUACGCCAUCCGUCCCCUCUGGAUCAACCCCAAACCCAUCACCCAGCUGGAGCUCAUCAACGUGGCCAUACAGCUCUCGUUUAACGUUCUGGUGUACUGGGCCUGGGGCGCCAAGCCCUUGGUCUACAUGAUGAUGGGCUCCAUGCUAGGAAUGGGUCUCCAUCCCAUCUCAGGACACUUCAUCGCAGAACAUUACAUGUUCCUCAAAGGCCAUGAGACCUACUCUUACUACGGAUCCCUAAACCUGCUGACGUUCAAUGUCGGGUACCACAACGAGCACCAUGACUUUCCCAGCAUCCCAGGACGCCGACUGCCGAUGGUGAAGGAGAUGGCAGCGGAGUACUACAGAGAGCUGCCCUGCUACACGUCCUGGAUCAAAGUCCUGUAUGACUUUAUCAUGGACGAUGAACUGAGUCCGUACUCACGUGUGAAGAGACGGCUGACAGGAGACAUCAAGCAGGAGUGAGCAAGAGUCUUCCCCUUCGUCUGUCACACUGAGGACAUUUCCUUCUUACUUUUCGGCUUUGAGCAAGUGUGCGGACUAAUUUUAAUUGUGAACCA